UUGCUUCAAUUUCAUAAUUAUAUAUUUAUCAACUCUCAUCUGCAAGUGGGUAUUAGUUUAUUUCAGUCAAUCGCCAUCCUCGAUACUUCCUAUUCAUUGCCCCGGCCCCCUAAUAAGGAAGAUGAUGAACUGAAACUGUUCAAGAAAUCUUUGACCCUUUGAUUUUUCUUCGGUUCUUUUUUUGUUUUAAUAAAUUGGGCGGUGGUAACGAAUGGAGAUUUGUCUUCCUUCGCGUUGGGGUUCGGGAUUUCUUUUGUCUUUCAUGAACAUCGAUUCUUUCCUCCAUUAAUGGUUUUUGACCUCGAAACUGACACUGUUAAAAUUUUUAUCCAGUUCUUAGGUUUCGCUUUUUGCAUUUGGGCGUUUUGGGUGACUGUUUCGGAAUCAUAUGGAUUGGUCUUCUCUGAGAUUAUAAUAUGCUUCUUUAUGUUUAAAGGGUUUGAAUCUUUUUUGUUUCUCUUUUGUCGGUAGAUUUUGGAAAAAUUCGUAGUAUUGGCAACUUUCUGGUGGGGGAAAUUUGAGGUUAGUCAUUAUAGUGGGUGGGUGUGAUUUUGGUUUAAAUUCACGGGGAAAUUGGUUUGUCACGAGAAAGUGCGUUGAAGCCUCGAGGGCAAAGCUCAUAUUUCUCAACUGAUUCAGAGAGAUUGCAAGUUUUUUCUUCAUCCUCUUAGAUAUCAAUUAGCUUGCUGUUCUACAACAUUAGGGAAACUAUUCAAACUCCUCCUUUUAGUGAGACAAACAGAAGGGGAGGGGAGAAAUACAUAGAGAGAGAGAGAGAGAGAGAGGGAGAGUUUUCUCUUAAUUAUUCAUUUAUUAAUUUCCUCGUUGUGUUUUAUUGGAAUGGAUCAUUCUGGGGAAGCCAGUAGCCAGAAAGCAGCAGUUGAAGUUGCUCAAGACAAGAAUGGUGUGGAGCAAGUGCUGCUUCGGAACUCUCGGGGAGCUUCAGCAAGGGUAAGCUUGCAUGGAGGCCAAGUUCUUUCAUGGAAGACUGAAAAAGGUGACGAACUAUUGUUCACUAGCACUAAGGCUGUUUUUAAGCCACCAAAAGCUGUGAGAGGAGGAAUUCCGAUUUGUUUUCCUCAGUUUGGAGCUCGUGGUAACCUUGAGCAGCACGGGUUUGCUCGAAACAAGAUUUGGAAAAUCGAUGAUAAUCCUCCUCCUCUUAAUCGCGGUGAAAUCAAGGACAAAUCCUGCAUUGACUUGCUACUUAAACCUUCUGAAGAUGAUCUGAAAAUAUGGCCACAUAGUUUUGAAUUCAGGCUGAAGGUCUCUUUGACAGCAGAUGGGAAUCUCACAUUAAUAUCACGAAUUCGGAAUAUCAAUUGCAAGCCUUUCAGUUUCUCAAUUGCACUCCACACAUAUUUCUCCAUUUCUGAUAUCAGUGAGGUGAGAAUUGAGGGGCUAGAGAUUCUUGACUAUCUCGACAACUUACGCGAUAAACAACGGUUCACCGAGCAGGGAGAUGCCUUAACAUUUGAAUCCGAGAUAGAUCGGGUUUAUCUUAGUUCUUCGGACCUCGUCGCAGUGCUUGAUCAUGAAAGAAAGCGCACAUUCGUUAUGAGAAAGGAAGGACUUCCAGAUGUUGUGGUGUGGAAUCCAUGGGAGAAGAAAGCAAAAUCCAUCAGUGAUCUCGGUGACGAAGACUACAAACAGAUGCUGUGUGUAGAUGGAGCUGCAGUUGAGAAACCAAUCACCUUGAAGCCAGGUGAGGAAUGGACUGGUCGCUUGGAAUUAUCUGUCCUCCCCUCGAGUUAACUACUUGGAUCGGAAGAAGUAAAGAUCGAAAGCAGUUGGGAUUCCGAUAAAGCCAUUGAAGUUUACAAGUGUGGUAUGUGGUAAGCAAUCUGAUGCUUUGUUCUAACAAAAUUAUCGUCGUGAGUAAAUAACUGAACGAUCGUAUUAGUUUGAUUUGUUGUUGAUAUUAGAGUCUCCUUUAAUGGAAGCGGAGACGUUUUUUAAUUUGCCUCCCUUCAGCUAUGGCUCUUCAAUGUAUAUCAAUGUUGUUCUCAUAUGGAAGUUCAUAUAUCAAAUAUAAACUCGUCUCUGUUUGAUCUCUUUCUGUAAAA